CACAAACAAACGAAUGGUUCAUUCAGAGUUUAUCAAGCCAAUUUUUAGGUAUAGCAAUAUGGGAAGUUACUAGGAGUAAAAAAAAAUGACGGUCAUAAAGCAUGUUGAUAAAUUUGGGGAAAUACAAAGAGAAAAAACAUGGUAUCAAAUUGCAGUAAUCUCAGCAAUUUCUCUGGUUGCAUUAUCCUGCGGAAUUUCUUUUGCAUGGCCAUCACCAUUCUUAGUCAAACUUGUAAAUGAUAAUGAACACUACAAUAUAACUGAAGAAGAAGCUUCAUACUUCACUGUGAUAAGCACUGUAGCAGUCAUAAUACUACCAGUAUUCUUGUCGAUGAUAGUUAAUCAGAUUGGAAGAAAACGUUUGCUACUAUUAUCAUCAUUACCUUACGUUAUCACAUAUGUACUUGAAGCGUUUUCUACAAAUAUUUGGCUAUUUUAUUUAGCUAGACUAAUUAACGGAAUUGGUGACACUAUUGCAUAUACGUGCCUAGUAGUUUAUAUCGGCGAAAUAUCCAGUCCACAAGUAAGAGGCACCUGGGGCAAUGCAAUUGUUUGGGCAGGUUUCUUAGGCCAAUUUGUUAUUAACGUUUUAGGAUUAUAUUGUAGCGUUACGGUUGCUUCUUUGAUUUGUGCAAUAUUUCCUAUAAUAUUUUUAUUCAUUUUUGUGUUUAUGCCAGAAAGUCCAUAUUUUUAUAUACAUAAAGGACAAGAUGAACAAGCUAAACUUAGUUUAAGAAGGCUCAAACGUAAAAAUAAUGUAGAAGAAGAGUUUUCAAAACUAAAAGAAGUCAUGGAAAAGCAGUUAAAGGAAUCAGGUUCUUGGUCAGAUUUGAUAACAAAUAAAACAAACAAAAGAGCUUUAUUUACUGCAAUUUUUUUACGAAUCAGUCAAAUAUUCUCAGGCAUAUUCACCCUGGGCCCAUACAUACAAUUUAUAUUUUUAAAAUCUGGAACUGACAUUAGCUUGGAACUAUCUACAAUAGUAUACACGUUUGUGAAUUUUCUUUUAUAUUCAACUGCUUCAUACGGAUCAAACAAAUUGGGUAGAAGGGUAUCUCUUAUUUCAUCAUUACUAUGUACAUCUGUUAUCUUUUUGCUAGAAGCAGCAUAUUUUUUUAUUGAUACAUUUUAUCCUGAUAUUAACCUUAAACCAAUUCAGUGGUUUCCUUUAGUGGGUCUCAUACUGUUUUUGAUAUUUUCGUCAUAUGGUAUAGGUACUGUACCCUUUCUCAUGCCUGGGGAACUAUUUGCUCCCAAUAUCAAAGCCAAGGGCAUAUCUGUAGCCAUUUCGGCAUUUGGAUUAUCAAACCUGAUUAUGAAUACAUUAUUUUAUAGUUUGAACAAUGUAACAGGACUAGGAGGGCCAUUUUUAUUGUUUGGGGUAUGUAACAUCAUUUCAGCUAUUUUGACGUACAAAUUUGUACCUGAAACAAGGAAUAAGACUUUGGAAGAAAUUCAAAUUAUAUUAAGUAAAAUGUAAUAUACCGCAAUAAAACUUUUUUAUCUAUUAAAAUUAAAAUAUAAAUUAAAAUAUUUGUAGAAAAAA